AUGAGUUUGCGGUUUGGAACCAUUAUUGGAGGGGUGCCAGCAAUCUCUUCACAAUUGAGGUGGAAGAAACUUUUGUAUUACACCAGCCGCUGCCAAUUUUUACAUGUUUGGAGACGCAACCUCAAGGACCCAAGGGGGCUAGGCUUUGGAUUAGUUUCCGGUUGCAGGGAUGGGUUGUUUUGGGUCGGGAAUUUCCAAGCAGGAAACAUCGUGGCGUUGUCCGGCAGGAAGCAGAUCUUGAGCCCUUUCAUCGCAAACAGCCUGUCAGUGCAUGAGGUCUUGGCCUUGCAAGGUCAUGUCAAUGGAGAAGGAGACCCUGUAACCGCAGGGGACAUAGUGUCAUCCUGGAAUUUAGAACUUGAUCCGGGAUCUUUGACGGUUCCGGUGGUUGAACCCAUCGCAUCUUUGCUGCUCUGCGGCAAGUGGUCAUCGAUCGGCAUGCUUGGCCAUUGGCGCUUCCCGUUUGCACUGUUUCCUGGUUUUCCACAUGCAGAGCGGAGCAAACCUGAGCUUGAGGUUGAUCAACAGGACCAGGGUUGGUCAAACAUGUUGACGCCUGCAGUUGUGUCGAAACAUGCUCAGCGAUUGCGUGCUUGGGCAGUGCCGGUGCUAGAAUCCACUCCUGACGAUGACGAAAGAAGCUUCCUGCAAAUGGAGCUCGGGGAUACUGUGUCGUGGCUAGAUGCACUGGAAGCUCAAAUGGAUUGGCAGUCCCGCAGCAGCCGUGGCCAUCGUCAUCCCAGCAGGCUCUUGAUAAACUGCGUUUUCUUUCGAUUCACACUUGGCAGCGCGGCGAAAGUUUCCAAGGCUUUCAAACUGGCCUUGCAAGUAGGGGUUCCUGGGUUGGACUUGCGAUCCCUGGCUAGCAGCGGGCGGUUGCCCAGCAAGACCACCCUGGCUCGAGCAAGCACUUACUUGGACAUCGCUUACCUUUUGUAUUGCCAGAAGAAAUGGGGCGAGUCUGAACAUGUUACAUUCAUGUGGGCCGAUAGCUCGCCGCAAAGUGGCAGAGACUGGCUCAUGUCUAUGAUGACCGCCUGCCCGAGAGGCAAAAUCGCGGAGGCAUGUGCCGCAGCAAAUUACCUCUGCAGGACGAGGCCUGACUGGUCCGAUCAUUUCGAGGCCUUGGAGGUGGACCUUGAGAUGCAGGCAAAGAUGACGAAGGUGUUGAGCGAUGUGCUGUGUACUCAUACCAACGUUCCCGUAGCCUUGGGAUCUGGCAAAGGGAAGAUACAAGAUAAAACGGCUGCCAUCCUGCAUUCUCUUGCGAUGGAGUCCCCUUGCAGGUCGUCCUUGCGGCUUCGGCUGAACACCAUCUUCAGCUGGACGUCUGACCUUGGGACUGAGGUAUUGUUGCCAAGUUUCGAAACAUUGCACUUCGAGCAGCUGCUUCCAGGGUGGCUCCAUGCCAAGUCGGACAACGACGUAGACGACGUGGAUGCUGAAAGUCUUUCAGGCGCUCCGAGAGAAGCGGCGCCCGCGGAGUCGGAUGAUCCAGAGCCAGCGCCAGACUCGGCGCCGUCAACGCACCCGCUGCUUCCACGAUGUCUCAUAAUCGCCGGAGGACUGCACGUGACGCAUAACGUGGUUUCUGACCUGCAUUUGAAGCUGGAGUGGUGGAGUGAUUUUUGGACCCAUCUUCAGCACAUUGUACACCUUCUCGAAGACCGAAUGUACCGCGAGAGAUUCAUCGUGACAUGCGUGCGCGGCACCCCGGCAGCUGAGUACGAGGAGCAGUUUGCAAGCCUUGGGCUCGAAAAGCUGUACACAAAGCGGUGGCAGGUGGUCAUCACCUGUCUGUCGAAACUUCUUCCAGUGUUCACCCCACUCCAGCAGGCCUGGAAUGAGACGAAGUUCCUGGAAGCCGGAGACACACAAACCAGCGUGGCCCCGGGCGUAACAGCUGCUUUGAACAGCAACCUUUUCUGCAGCUACAUUUACAUGAUCCACACCUUGCAUCGUCUGAUUGCAAACCUCGAAAGCUGGCUCGAGUGCUGCACAUGCCACCAGCACCUGCUGCAAGACGUCAAGAAGCUGCGUAAAGGUCAGCGGAAGAAGCUGGCAAAGUGCAUUGCGGAGUGCCCUUGCAAAGGCAAGCGCGCACCUGAGCUCGCCUGUGGUGCUCUAAAGGAGCUUCUGUCCCAGCUGGAUGCCUUUGUACUUCAGGGCCAUGACCAGCAGCUCACGAACGAGGAGCGAAACGUCCUCAACACCGACUUCGAGUACGGCCGUUCCUACCUUCGUUUCUCUUUGUCUGCAAAGUUCAGUUUUUGGGACCGGUUGCCAUGGCACUUGGCCGGGCUGGCACACCAUUGGCCGUCGCAGGCCCGCGCAGCAGCCAAGGCUUGCAUGGCCCAGUAUGAUGACAUGCAAGCGAAUCCCAGGAUGAAGCUUGAGCACCAUCACGUUUUGUCAGUGGAGUUCUUGCAACCUGGAACAGCGCUGAGGCGGGAUAUAGAGAGCUUUGCUUCAGGCGAGGCCAUGACUCCGGAGCUUGCUGCGGCAAGUGCUCCUUUCAGGUUCAUCGCCGUGGUUGAACGGGUUGUAGAAGGCUUGCAUCGCAAUGUCAAGGUGGCGUCCAAACAUGUGGCCUUGGGUCCGACGAAAAUCUCACUUUCUGUCCGUCUGAGAGAAAUUGAGGAAAUGGCUGAAGACCCAGCUGUCAUGUCAGAAUUGUGCAAGUGCUUUGAAGAUGCUCGCCAGAUCCGGAUCGCGUCAGCCAGGCUAGGGGUGUUGCAGCAUCCACAGUUUCUGGAGUUGUUGUAUCAGAAACGAGUGAGAACAACACACUGGCUGAGAACUCUGCAACAUGCCAUUCACCGCUGUGAUCUCGGCACGCAGUUCAUGAAUCUGGACUCAGCGAGAGCUGUGCACAACAAGAAGCGUGAACUGGACAAGACGGAGGCAAAGCAUGUGCGCCGGACACUGGGGCUGCCUGUGCCUCGCACCUUUGAUGAUAUCUUGAAGCGCUUAAUUUGUGACCAUUUCAGAGGUCAUGCUGAUGCGAGCCAGUUUUACAGCCUGCCACCCAUUGCAGAAGGUGGUGCCGAGGCUGAGACUUACGAGCUCACCGCGCUGGAGGCAGGCAUGUCAUCUAGAGGACAAGAAGUGCAGAGAGAUGUCCUGGAGUGUGACAUCGACCUUGAGCAUGGUGAUGACACAGGGCGGCUAGGGCGACCUGUGGUGUUCCGUCUGUUGCACGGUUCGCCAUCAAUGAUGAAGUCAGCUCCGUUCCCCGUCGCCAACAAGCCUAUGUUCGCUGCAGGUGCUGCAGUUGUCACACUGCACGAGGUCUUCGAUGAGGGCCCCGGUGAAGUAAGUGCAAAUUUCGGUUCAGCUGGUGCACCUCAAGUGCUCCAGCGUCUCGAAGCAUGCUCUUUGCAGACGUUGCGUGAGGGCUUGCAAACCUGGGAUAUCUCGAGUUGUUGCUACAGCAUGCCUGGCCCCGACUCGUCCCGCAGCUCCGUGACUCAGCUUGUCACAGCAUUGCUUGAAGCCAAAGGCAUUCCUGGGGAGCCUUACGUGGAGGUUCCUGAACGUCUACAGGACGUCGGGAAUCAGUUGCAGCAGCGUGGCCUUUUACAACAGGUUCCAAAUCGGAUGGCGGCCGAAGGGUCGCUGGCCAGGCUGACAGAUGUCGGCAUGGCCAGUGUUCAGACUGUCUGUGUGUUGACCAACCCGCUGCCUGUGUGCCGUAUCAGCAGCGAUGCCUUGGCAGACUAUGAUGCCAUGGAGUUGUUGCUUGCCCUCGAAAGUUCAGGAUGGCAGUGGAAGCCACUUCCAACCGGGAGGGCUGCCAGAGUGGCCUUACGGCACACACCCGACAGCCCACGAGAGUGGUUCAGCAUGUCCCAUGUCAUUAAUAAGCAGUACUUGCUUUGCCUCUUGUAUGCCGACGAACUCUUCGACAAGGGCAUCCAGUGCAUUCCUCACUGGACCCGCAAUCCGAAGCAAGUUUAUCCGCGACUUCUGAAAGGAGAACAGCCGCCUUCAGCUUGUUUGGAAGAUGCUCCUGCUUUGGAGCCGGACGAUGCAAUCGAAGAUGGUUCUGCCAAGGCUGUGAAAAGGAGAAAGCGUUCAGUCGCUGAACGAGCAGGCGUGAUCCAAGAGCUGGGGAUGUGGGCACUGAGCACUUUUACCACAUUUGGUGCUGUAGGCUUAGUGGUUCUAUGA